AUGUCGCCGCCUACUAUGGAACAAAGUGGAUAUUUAAGCACAUUGGAAGACUUAGCUAGCACUUUACAAAAAACACAAACUAAUUUAAAGAAGUGUCCUAAGCAGCGAUUAACGGAAGGGUAUAUCACAGCGCGAUUGCAGACAAUUGAAGAAUAUUGGGCAUCGUUUAAGCAAGCUCACAACGGUCUUGUUAAGUGUACGCCACGGGAACAGAAGGGAGUAUUGACAUACUUCCUUAACGAAGAAUAUUACUUAUAUGAAGAUUUGUAUCUAAACUUAGAAGCCGACUUACGGGAUUUAUUAAUUAAAUUGAAACAACUGAAUCAAUCCGCUCCGCCGUGUGAUAUGUCAAUAGCAUGCGUAGAAGGUCAACAAUCGGUUUCUAAGUUACCCAGGAUACAAUUGCCAACUUUUUCGGGAAGAUAUGAAGACUGGCCCUCUUAUCAAGAUUUAUUUAAAGCGCUCGUUCAUGACACUUCAUUAGGGGAUGUACAGAAAUUACAUUAUUUGAAAACAAGUGUAUGUGGUGAAGCCGAGAUGUUGUUAAGAAAUAUACCUAUUACCGGGUCGAAUUAUAAACAAGCGUGGGAUACAUUAAAGGGGCGAUUUGGAAACAAAAAGAUGAUAGUUACUUCUAUUUUAAAAAGAUUAUUUAACCAAAAGAAAGUAGUGAACCAGUCUGCAAGUCAAAUUAAAGCGAUAUUAGAUACAACAACAGAGUGCAUACAGAGCCUUAAUAAUUUGAAUAUUAACACCGAUUCUUGGGAUCCUAUAAUAAUAUUUCUGGUGGGGCAGAAGUUGGAUACAGAGUCGUUAAAGGACUGGGAGGAACUUACACACAAGGAUGGAAGUGAUGAACUAUCUACAUGGUCAGAACUGAAGAAGUUUCUUGAAGCUAAGUUUCGUACACUUGAACUUGUCACGCCAGUAACAACAUCUACUAGGGAGAAACCUUCAACAUAUAAGUCACAUCACGCCACAGUCGAAGACGGCCGCCGGGAUAUUUAUCAAACACCACGAGUUCAUGUUUCACCGGUAUUAUGUACAUAUUGCAAGGGUGAGCACUACAUAUUCAACUGCAAGGAAUUUGUGAAUCAGUCGGUUGAUGCGCGACAAGAGUUUGUGAAGAAGAAUUAUUUAUGUUACAAUUGCCUUCAACCGAAUCAUAAUGUAUACCGAUGUAAACAAAGGAAAACAUGUCGAGUUUGCGGAAGAAAACAUCAUUCACUUUUACAUAAAUUUAGACUGACACAUACGGACGAAGAUGAACAACCACAACCAGAACAAAACAUCACAACAGCACACUUCUCUAGAGAACAACCCGAUCAACAAGUAUUGUUAGCGACAGCACAAGUUAUGGUCAAAGCGAAGAACGGUUACACACACAUGCUUCGUGCUUUAAUUGAUCAGGGAUCAGAGGCCACAUUCGUUUCUGCGAGAGCAGCGGCACUUUUGGGUUGUACAAAAUCCAAAAUCAACGGUGUAGUCUCAGGAGUGGGAGAAGGUAAUCGUAUACAAAUACAACAUCUAGUCGAUCUCGCAGUUUCGUCACGAUGGAAAGAAGAAGAUGAUAGUAUUGAAGUCAGGGCUUACAUUCUCAAGACUAUUUCAACAAGUAUGCCCUCAACACACAUCAAGACGAACUGUUCAGAGCUCCAAAUGUUACCAUUGGCUGACCCUACCUAUCAUACACCAGGAAGAAUUGACAUGUUGUUGGGAGCGGAUGUCUAUUGCAAAAUUAUAGAAGAAGGAUUGGUAAAAUUGUCAGAUGGGUUAGUGGUGCAGAAAACACGUUUGGGAUGGAUUAUAUCAGGUCGAAGAGAUGGAAAGAUUAUGGAUAACAAUAUAUUAACACUACAUAUAACAAGAAUGGUUGAAGAAGAUAAUGAUUUACUUAGAAGGUUCUGGGAAAUAGAAACAGAUGUCUACAAAAAGAAGAAGAUUCAAACAAAAGAAGAAGAACUAUGUGAGGAGAUUUACAAGAAUACAACAAGAAGAGAUUCAACAGGACGAUAUGAAGUACAUUUACCGUUAAAACAAAGUAUAGAAGACACGAUUAAAUUAUGUGGAAAAACAAAAGAGCAAGCUAUGAGAAGAUUUACACAACUAGAAAAGAAAUUCGAAAGAGAUAAGAAGUUGAAAAUAGAAUAUACAAAGGUUAUACAUGAAUACAAGGCAAUGGGUCACAUGAAACAGGUAAAGAAUGUCAAUAACGAUAAUGCUAUUUAUCUGCCGCAUCAUGCAGUAAUACGUGAUGACAAAGAAACGACGAAGGUACGAGUCGUCUUUGAUGCAUCGGCUAAAGGUUCUAAUGGCUAUUCAUUAAAUAAUUGUAUGAUGAUUGGACCUGUGUUACAGCCAGACCUCAGAAGUUUAAUUAUAGCGUGGCGAAUGCAUAAGAUAUGUGUUGUGGGGGACAUCGUUAAGAUGUAUAGAAUGAUCAACAUGACUGCUAAACAUACACCUUUACAACGCAUCUUAUGGCGAGAUAAUCCUCAUGAUCAAAUUGAAGAAUAUGACCUAACAACUGUAACCUUUGGUACAGCAGCAGCUCCUUAUUUGGCUGUGCGAACUUUAAUAUAA